UGGAGCGAUUAACACACAGCAAAUCACCAGAUCGUCGAAUGCUUAAAAAAGUACAAAAAUUCAGCCGCAUCAUCAGCGAAUAAUAAAAAAGACGCCAAGCGAAACAGCAGGAGCCUCAGCUAGUGGCCAAAUGCAGGCUAUGCAAAUAAAUCAUUAAGAUCAAGAGCUGAACAAAUUUCUUGAUUUUUUUUCUCAGUUUAUUUUUGUUUUUGUUGGUUUUUUUUUUUUCUUAAUUUUGGUCUCGUGCUUUGACCGAGUUAUUUGACAACAACAACAAAAGAUAAAAUCAACGACAAAGACACAGAAGAAGCGCCAACAACAAAAUGGAUGUCGAGACGCCAUCUCAGCCACAUCAAGGUCAACCUGUGGCCAAGAGCCAGGAAUCAGCGGAAGCAGGCGGAGGAGAAGCCGCUAGUCGCAAGGAGGAGGGUCACGAUGAGGACUAUCAUCCGCCCACAAGCUACCUGGAGACGAUUGUGCACCUGUUCAAGGGCAACAUUGGACCCGGUUUGUUUGCCAUGGGAGAUGCCUUCAAGAACGGCGGCCUGCUGGUAGCCCCACUCCUCACCGUGGUCAUAGCGGUGGUGUCCAUUCACUGCCAGCACGUCCUGGUGACCUGCUCCAAGAAGAUGCGAGAUCUCCGAGGGGAGGCGGUGUGCGCCGACUAUGCUUUGACCGUGGAGCGGUGCUUCGAGAAUGGUCCCUCCAAACUGAGGAGCUGGUCAAGGACCAUGGGCCGCCUGGUGGAUAUAUUUAUAUGCGUGACCCAGCUGGGUUUCUGUUGCAUCUACUUUGUGUUCAUCAGUACGAAUCUAAAGCAGAUCCUGCAAGCCUACGACAUCGGCAUGGACGUCCAUCUGGUGAUGCUGCUGGCCUUUGUGCCCGUACUCCUCAGCUCGCUGAUCACAAACCUCAAGUGGCUAACGCCAGUGUCGAUGUUUGCCAACGUUUGCAUGAUCCUCGGCCUGGCCAUUACCCUGUAUUAUGCCUUAAAGGACGGACUACCGGAGAUUGGGGAACGCGCCCUCUGGACGAAUGGCUCCCAGCUGGCUCUUUUCUUCGGCACCGCCAUCUUUGCCUUCGAGGGCAUUGCCCUGGUGAUGCCGCUGAAGAAUGCCAUGCGCAAGCCCCGCCAGUUCGAGAGCACCCUGGGUGUGCUCAAUGUGGGCAUGUUCCUGGUCUCCGUGAUGUUCAUGUUCGCCGGCUCCGUGGGCUACAUGAAGUGGGGCGAGCAGGUCGGAGGCAGUCUGACCCUCAACCUGGGGGAUACCAUUCUGGCCCAGGCAGUCAAGCUGAUGGUCUCCGCCGGCGUCCUCCUGGGCUAUCCCCUGCAGUUCUUUGUGGCCAUUCAGAUUAUGUGGCCCAGCGUUAAGCAGAUGUGCGGCAUCCAGGGAAGAUCGCUGCCCGGCGAGCUGGGUUUUCGCACCUGUAUGGUGCUCCUUACGCUUGCCAUUGCUGAACUGGUUCCUGCCUUGGGUCUCUUCAUCUCACUGAUUGGAGCUCUCUGUUCGACGGCCUUGGCCUUGGUCUUUCCGCCCGUCAUCGAGUUGAUAGCGAGGAGUGAGCCCAACAAGGGGCCAGGAGUUUGGAUUUGUGUAAAGAAUCUGGUUAUCCUGGUGCUGGCACUCCUGGGCUUCUUCACGGGCUCCUACGAGAGCCUCAAGCAGAUUGUCAAGCAUUUUGGGGAAGAGGAGUUGCACUAAAGGGAGAUCAAAUAUCAAGAGCAGCUGAUUAUCAUCAAGGGAUUAUGAUAAAAGGAUUAUCAAGAGGAUCAUUAUGAGGAUUUGAAGAUCAAGUUUAUCAUUAUCAGGAUUAUCAUCAGGAUCAUCACUAGAAUGAAAAGAAUUAAAGAAACCAAUAAUAAAUAUCCAAAGAGAAAGACAUCAAGGAGACAUCACAGGACAUUGAAGAACUCAGAAGAUAUUAUCUUUAUGAAUAUAUAAUAAUAUUCAAUAUGAAUCACAACAACAUUAUCUAAGAUAUUACUAUCAUCGUCAUCAUCACAAGUGUUGCCAGCAUAAUUUAUAAACCCAAAAUGAGCAGGUUUUCAUAAUUUAACCCUAACAAUUGACAUGAACAACUAACAAAAAUCUAUUUAUAAAUAUGCGAAUUUAUUACGUAUGGAAAAUAAUGCAGUGUAUAUAUCUAAGUGCCACGUAUUGUGUCUUAGUGAGCGUGAAGCGCAUUUUACUUAUUAUAAUUGAUUAUUUUUUUUAUCGAUUUUAAGUGAGAAUAAACAAUGCGACGUUUGUUUUGACGUCACUUGACUUGA